AUGGGCAUUAUUGCAUUUAAUCUUCAGCAACCAACCAGGGACCCCCAAGCGCCUCUUACCUGUUUCAGCUCCAACUUUUUAGCUUUUCUGGCAGUCGGCAUUAUUUGGUGUAAUGACAAGAUCUCUGACAUUGCAAAAUUAGAGUUCAGUAAGGAAGGAUUGAUUAUGCAAACAGAAAAUGGUUUCGCUUUGGUUGACGUAUCCACCAAUUUACACGUGAAGGAAGUGGUUGCAGAUAGUUUUGUGAGUGAAUAUAAGACCAUCAAGUCCUCAGCAGCUGCUGAUGAUGAUGAUCUUGAGAUACACUAUAAAUUAAUUGCUGGUGCAUCUGUUCAAAUACCUGGAUGGUAUGCUAAUGUUCUCGAAGAAUGGCCAGGGGAGGCCAAAUUCUACAAAAUAGAAAAGAUCUUGUUUCAUGGAAAGUCAGAAUACCAGGAACUUUUGGUAUUUCAGUCGCCAGAACAUGGCAAGAUUGUCAUCCUCGAUGGAUCUCUUCAACUCACCGAGCGGGAUGAAUUUGCUUACCAAGAAAUGCUCACUCACCUUCCUCUUUGCUCCAUUCCAAAUCCAAAGAAGGUUCUACUUAUUGGGGGAGGAGAUGGUGGUAUUCUACGAGAACUAUCCCGUCAUCCUUCCGUUGAGCAGAUAGAUAUUUGUGAACUUGACAAAAUGGUGAUCGACGUUUACAAAAAAUUCUUUCCCGAUAUAGCAGUUGGAUACGAGGAUCCCAGGGUGAAUGUACAUAUAGGCAAUGGUGUCGAAUUCAUCAAGUCUGUUCCUCCAGCCACAUAUGACGUCAUUAUAUUGGACGCAUUCCAGGAGAUGGGGCCCGUUGCAGUAGAACUCGGGGAUAAACGCUUCCUGGAAGCAGUGGCAAAGGCUCUUCGCCCUGGGGGAGUCAUGUCAUGCCCAGCAGAUGGUCCGUGGCAGAAAGAUUUCAACCUCGCGCAUACGAUGGCAAAUUGUAGCAAAGUAUUCAAAGGAUCUGUCAAUUAUGCUUGGACAACUGUUCCUGCAUAUCCUAGUGGGGUAAUCGGAUUCAUGCUUUGCUCCACUGAAGGGCCAGCUGUAGACUUCAAACACCCAAUAAAUCCUUUAAAUCCAGAAAAUUUUGGUGUAGCAAAAGGACCACCCAAGUUUUACAACUCUGACAUUCAUGCUGCGGCAUUCUGUCUACCAUCUUUCACUAUGAAGGUGAUUGGUUCAAAAAUCUGAUCAGCUUGGCCUUUGCCAUUAUUUCCAGUUUUCAUUUUAAUAAUUGAAUAAUCUCUCAUGCACCCAAGUUAAGCUUUGAAACGAGUUGUUUAAGUACUGAAAUUGAUUAAAAUGGUCGCAGAACUAUUCAAUUUUU